AGUGUUUCAAACAGACGAGCUGGUAUUCCGCAGGGAGCAGCAUGUAGUUCAGCACAGACCCUGCUGGGUUCCGUUUUAUUGAGACCAGAACUUUUCUCUUUUCCGUUUGUUUACCUGGAAACUUUUUCUAACUUCAAGCCGACUUUAUGUUCGUGCGCGGCUCCAAAAAGCGACGGUCCAACCGCUCGAUAAUACACACUGAGACCCGAAACAAGACGAAAGCAACAGCAGUUGAAUCUGUCCUCUCUGGUUUCUCUGACAAGGAUGGGACUUCAUCAGGAAGAAGAGGACCCGGACAGAGGACAGCCCUGUAUGCGCUGUGGAGACCAGUGCCCCGGCUUCCGUGUGCACGGCUGGAGGAAGAUCUGUGUGCACUGUAAGUGUGUGCGGGAGGAGCAUGCGGUGCGUUCGGUGCCGGGGCAGCUGGAAAAGAUGAUGACGAAGCUCGUAUCGGACUUCCAGAGGCACUCCAUCUCUGACGACGACUCGGGAUGCGCCUCCGAGGAGUACUCCUGGGUUCCUCCUGGGCUCAAGCCCGAACAGGUGUACCAGUAUUUUAGCUGCUUACCAGAUGACAGGGUGCCUUAUGUGAACAGUCCAGGGGAGAGAUACAGAAUCAAACAGCUGUUGCACCAGCUGCCGACCCACGAUACUGAGGCUCAGUACUGCAACUCUCUGGACGAGGAGGAGAAAAAAGAGCUUCGUCUGUUCAGCCAGCAGAGAAAAAAAGAAAAUCUGGGCCGAGGUGUUGUGAGACUUUUCCCUGUAACCAUGACCGGAGCCAUCUGCCAUCAGUGUGGCAGACAGAUCUGCGGUGGAGAUAUGGCUGUGUUUGCCAGUCGGGCGGGACACGGCUGCUGCUGGCACCCUCAGUGUUUCCAGUGCGCGUCCUGCAACGAGCUGCUGGUCGAUCUGAUCUACUUCUACCAGGAUGGACAGAUUUACUGCGGCCGGCACCACGCUGAGAGGCUCAAGCCCCGCUGCCAGGCCUGCGACGAGAUUAUUUUAGCAGAUGAAUGUACAGAAGCUGAGGGGAGAUACUGGCACAUGAAGCACUUCUGUUGUUUCGAGUGUGAGGCUGCCCUGGGGGGUCAACGCUACAUCAUGAGAGAGACUAGACCCUACUGCUGCUCCUGCUACGAGUCCCUGUAUGCCGAGUUUUGUGAUACCUGCGGAGAUCACAUAGGUAUCGACCAGGGUCAGAUGACAUACGAGGGUCAGCACUGGCACGCAGUGGAGACGUGUUUCUGCUGCGCCCGCUGUCGCCUGCCUCUGCUCGGUCGUCCCUUCCUUCCACGCGGGAGGCUCAUCUACUGCUCCAGGUCCUGCUCACUCGGAGAGGACCCCAAUAACUCGGAUUCCUGCGACUCGGCGCUGCWGGGCAAGUCCCCUCAUCCCAACAAACAGUGGGAGACUUCAGAGAGACGCCGUCAGCCACCCUGUGGUUCUCCACUGCAGCCACUAGAGGGCAGCAACCCAACUACAACCCCUGCAAAGAAGUGCAGUCUGUCUGUGGUGGAAAACAAAGGGCUCCACACUCCAGUUCAGAAUGGAGUUUCCUCAUCUGGUGGUCAUCCYUAUCAGAAAGGCUCCUACUCACCUCUGCCCCACAUUCAUCUGGGAAAUGGCUUGGGUCCGUCCUGGCCCAGCGACAUUCCACAUUACAACCUGCUGCCCGCGGGCUGUGGUGUCAAAUGUCCAGGCAGGGACCCUCAGUUCCAGGGAGAGCUGAAUGGAAAUGCUGCACUAAUCGGACGCAAUUUGAAAGGAAACUCUGCUGAAAAAGAUUGUAGAAAAUGGGUGGAAAAGACAAAUCAGGCGAUGCAAGCGUUUCCCCCUCAGAUAAACUCACAUGUUAAUGAUCUCGUUCCGUCGGACUCCCCUCCCUCCUCGUCAGACAACUCCCCCAUCCUCCCACCCCCUCUCCCAGUUAAAUCUCGUGACGUGACGCCCCACCAUCCGGCCCCUCGGCCCCAAGCAGAGAACCAGCCUCCCGGCUCUCCACCUGCACUGGCACGCAGCGGCACAGCCCGGGUCAGCUUCAGAGAACCAAUCAGCAGCAGCUACUCUGUAGAAGAUGACGAGGAUGAAACUGAGGAAGGGCUGCAGCCAGAAGGUGAAGAAGAUAAGCAGGGUGAAGAUGAGGAUGAUGAUGAUGAAGAGGAGGGAGGAUUCCGAGGCAGGUUGCAUGUGCAGAACAGCGUCCCACCACAGAUGGAUCUGCUGGACGGCGGCUCCUCAUAUCAGCACAGCACAAGGAGAGGAUGGGGGCGGUGCCGUGUCCCUUCAGACCCCGUUCUCUACCCGGGUUUAGAGAAGCGCUCCCGAAACUCACGGCCUGACCGGCCCCGACUGGACUCCCCGGAYGUGCGAGGUGACCGAGAGAGAGACGGCCGGAGCUCCUUGAGCACGUCUUCCCUGACCCUCCAGCCGGGACAACACAAACACGAUGACCUGUGCUCCACCUGCUCCUCCUCAUCGGACUCAGAGGAGGAGGGCUUCUUCCUGGGACAGCGUAUCCCUCUGCCUCCGCAGCUUCAAAAGCAGCAGCCUGAGGAAGUCCCGGGGUCAGAGGAGGGGAGGGAGAUCCAGAGAGACYGGAGCCUGAGAGGCAGCAUGAGGAGGAGUAGAGCUCUCAGCGUGGGUGCGAAGGACAAAGAUAAAAACUGUGCCAUCUCCUGAACGACGACAGCCUGCAGCACAAAAACACAACCUGUUGUAACUUCAUGUAGAGUUCGACCGUACACGGGUGUAACAGCCAUCGCUCCUGCCACACAGUCGCUGCAGGACUGUGUUUUGUUGGCAUCUGGUUGUUUGAGGUCUUAGAGCAGAAAAUGAUGCACCUGGACUUGAAUGUCCAUGAUGAAAUGCUACUGCUCUGUUAAUUAGAAUGAUUUAUGUAUGCAAACAUGCUUUAUCACAUUUUAUCAAGAGACACAUUCACUAAGAUAGACUUUUAUCACGUCUUCAAUAACCUCAUUUAGGCAAACGCCACCAAUGUGCAAAGCUAUUAAUGUGCAGCCGAUACUACUGUUUCCAACAUGUUAUAGCACUUUUUAAAAGCACUCCCUCUCACUUCCUUUAAAUAUCAACAUAAAGAUUUCAAUCUUUGGUUAUUUUGCAACACAAGUUCAAACAGGAAGUAUGUUUUAAACARACCUUUUCUUUUACAUCAUGUGAUCUGUUUCCUGUAAAAUCUGUCAGCUUUUGCUCUUCUUUUAAAAACUCCCUGCAAUAAUUCAGAUAAACCAAGGAUUACACAKUAUUGUGAUCAAAAGCAGCAGGAAUUUGUAUGCCACUCUGUGCUUUUCGGUGCGAUCUUCACAUGGCCUCAUUACAUUUAUUGCCACAAAAUGACCAGAUAUAUAGGUUUUAGUUUGAUGACACUAUGAUUUGUUGUGAAGUUUUAUCACUAAACUUUGAGGACUGUAGUUUGGCACGACUUAAAGGACAUCCUCUUUUUAUAUCUACAGAGUAGACUGCUGUUUUAGUUCAGUUUGAGUUAAAACAGAGUAAUUGUGCUUUUCUCUGGUUGUAUGUAUGCUGUAUAUAAGUAAAUAUGCUUUGUCUAAAUGUGUGUUUUUUGUUUUGUAUUUGUGGUGGGAUGAACUGAGGCAAAAGUUAUAAUGUUCAUUAACAAUGAAACCAAAGUGUAUACAUGCAUCUCAUCCCCAGAGGUGAAAUGAGACAUUCCUGAUGUCAGAAUUUGUAAGUUGAGCUUUGCUUCACCUCAAAUAAAAUUUACAUUUAAAUGUG